GCCGGCAAAGCGAAAGGGAGAGAGACGCCGACGGGCUCCGGAGGCCGCGCCGGCGCCCCGUCAUGCUGUGGCCGUGGCUGUUGCUGUGCCUGCCGCCCUGCUUCGGGGCCGGCGCCAGGCUCGAGGCCAGCGCCGCCAGCGAGGGCCGCCGCAACAGCAGCGCGGGGGAGAAGGAGGCUGCCCUGCGGGAAAGUGUUAAAAGAACUAUGAAUUUGAAUGCAUUAUCCCCCGGUGACAACACGACGGCUUUUUAUGGAAUAAAUCAGUUCUCCCACUUAUUUCCUGAAGAAUUUAGAGCUAUUUACUUACAAAGCAGAUCCUCUGCAGUUCCCAAAUACGUUCCAGAAGCAGAGGGAACCGCAACAUCCUUACCGGCAAGGUUUGACUGGAGAGAUAAAAAUGCAGUUACGCCAGUGAGAAAUCAAGAAACAUGUGGAGCCUGUUGGGCUUUCAGUGUUGUCGGCAGCAUAGAAUCUGCCUACGCAGUGAAAGGGAACGUUCUGGAAGAACUCAGUGUACAGCAGGUCAUUGAUUGUUCAUACAACAACAAUGGUUGUAAUGGCGGCUCUACUAUCAGUGCUCUGAAUUGGCUGAAUAAGACCCAUGUGAAGCUAGUGAGAGAUUCAGAAUAUACUUUUAAAGCUGAAACUGGAUUGUGUCAUUACUUCAGUCGCUCAGAUUUUGGAGUCUCAGUUACAGGGUAUGCUGCAUAUGACUUCAGAGGGCAGGAAGAAGAAAUGAUGAAGAUUCUUGUUACAUGGGGUCCUUUGGUGGCAAUUGUAGAUGCAAUUAGCUGGCAAGAUUACCUGGGUGGUAUCAUACAGCAUCACUGUUCCAGUGGAGAAGCAAACCAUGCUGUUCUCAUUACUGGCUUUGAUACAACAGGUGGCAUCCCAUAUUGGAUUGUACGGAACUCUUGGGGACGUUCAUGGGGAAUAGAUGGCUAUGCUCAUAUUAAAAUAGGUUCCAAUGUCUGUGGUAUCGCUGAUGAACUGUCUGCGGUAUUUGUGUGAAGUAGUUGAUCUAAAUGAAGGAUAAGUGGCAAUCGUUUUUAUCAUUACUUGAUUUGAAGGGAUUUUAUUCCUAGGAAUGGGCAUUUGGAUGGGCUUUGUAACUGUGACAGGCCCCAAACUGUGCAUCCUCUCCCAUCUUGCAUUACGGAGAUACUCACAGUGAGAAACUAACGGUGCUGUCCUAAGAAGGAUUACACACUGGGCUUAAGUAAUGUGAAUGUGGCACUGUAAUGGCAUUCACUGGAAAGUACUGUAUAUUAGCAGUUAUUUCUGCUUGUCCAAAAGUUUAAAAUGAGAGUUUCAAGCCAAUGUGGCCCCAAUAGAUAUAGAACCAAGAAGCCUAUUCCGAGAGUGGCCCUUGGACAAUCGCUUUCUUCCGCCUGAAUUUCCUACUCAUAAAAUGGUUGUGGCAGUGAUCCAUCUCACACAGCUGUGAGGGCAAAAUACAAUGGAUGCAGUCUGAGCAGAUCCAGAGAGGAGGCCAGUUUCAUAAACAGAGUUCUCUGGGCAGACAAAGAUCGGAAAAUACUUCAUAAGUUAAAGGAGAAAUAAUGAAUGUUUUCCCCUCAUACAUGACCACUCCAAAGAUGAUUCCUUCCUCUUGGCUUUGACCAGAUUUGUAAAAUCCUGGUUUUUUUCUAAGCCGCCUUGCAGGGAAAAAGUUCAGAUAUAAAUAUUUUGAUCAUUAAAUAAUGUUGUGUAUAUUGAUGGUAGCCCCAAAAAUUAACAUUUUGAAAUUUGGAAAGUAACACUUGAUCAGGAAACUUCAGUACUUGUCAUAGUUUAAAAAUCUGUUUUGAUGACAAUAUGUCUGUAUGUUAGCUAAGAUGUAAAACUAUUUUGUAUACUCAAGAUUUACUAAUUUUUAUAAUAAAGAUGACAAUUAUUUAGGAAA